AUGUGGUCGGCGCUGCGGCACGCGUGCGAGGUCGUGGACGUGUGCGGCUUCGCGCGGCGGCACAAGAAUCUGCUGAUCGCCACGGGCGUGGGCGCGGCGUGCGCGGGCGGCGCGUACUACGCGUACCGGCGCGUGGUGGGCGAGGCCGAGCGCUUCACGCAGCAGCUCCAGCUGCAGAUGGCGGAGCACCAGCGCCUGCAACUGGCGCUGGGCAGCACGGCCGACGAGAGCCGCGCGACGGUGCGGCGCUUCCUGCCGCGGCUCAAGGCGCGGCUGUUCCAGCUGCUGGACCUGGAGAGCGUCGUGCAGGAGCUCAAGACGCUGGACAAGACGCAGAAGACGCGGCGCAACGCGCUCUGGGAGGACGCCAAGCUGCUGGCCGUCACGCGCUACGUGACGGCGCUCGUGGCCUUUGGGCUGUGGCACCUGCUGGUGUUCGCGCAGGUCUCCAUCAUCGGCAAGCGGGUGUUCGAGAAGAGCGACGCGGCGGCGGCGCUGUCUGAGCGCCAGAAGCAGCGAGAGCAGGCCGAGGAGCAGGCGCACCACGCCUUCCUGACCUCCGGGCUCGAGUACUUCCUGGACGAGGCGCUGGGCAAGAUUAAGGCCCAUGUGGAGGCCGUGGUGAGGGACAACAAGCACCUGCAGGGCUGGAAAGUCAGUCGCAAGGCGGCGGUCACGGCGGACGAGCUCAACGAGCUGCUGCAGGCGCUGUUCCUGGCGGUGCUGCCGUCCCCGGCGGCGGUCGCAGCCGCGGAGAAGCAGGAGGACUCGGCGGAGCUCAGGAAGUGGCGCGCGUUCUUGAUCUACCCGGACAAGCAAAAGGGCCAGGACGAGCACGUGAUCAGCCUGCUCAACGACCUGUGGGACCUCCUGGAGAGCGACCUGUUCAUGCCAGCGUUGCAGCACAGCUUGGGCUUCCUGUGCGGCAACGCGUUCCAAGACCUGGACGACGUCGUCUACGGACCGAGCAAGCCGGAGCCUCGAGUUGUAGAAGAUAGCGCUGCCGAGCCGCCUCAGAAGAAGCCCGCGCCUCCUCUCGCGAAGCUCAUCCCGUGCCUCCAGUCCGAGAUGAACAAGCUGUUGAUGUCCUCGGGACCAGAGAGCUACGCUGCCAAGUACUCACAGGGCGUGGGCGAGAUGGAGGCAUUCCGGAACUUUUACGAGGCCAUCUUCUUCGAGCAGAGCGCGCAGGACUCGUACAUGGGAUCAGCGCUCAUCUAG